CGCUCGCCCCAAGCCCAAAAUCCCUCUCUCUCUCUCUCUACACCGUCGGUCUCGUCCCUCUCUCGCUCUACGCCUCGCGGGCCUCUGCGACAAAAACCCUAGAUCCAACCCCGCCAUAGUUCGCCGGAGCUCGGCCGCCGAGCUUCGCCCCCUCUUAUCUGAUCGGACAUCGCCUGCCGUGACUCCUCGUCAAGUCCUCUCUCUCUCUCUCUCUCUCUCUCUCUCUCUCGCCGCAGGUAAAAAUCCCUAAACCCUAAUUUUGUUCUCUUAUUUGCUCCCCCCUAGCUUCUCGCGCUUCCCUUUUCUAUGUGUUUGCUGUAUCUUCAAUUGAGUGUUGUGCUGUGGUUGUUUCUUCGCGCUUUUAAGUUGUUCGUAUUCGUUGUGGGAAAGCUCUACGGGCGGGAGUUCAUGGCGUUCUCCGGGCAGUCUUAUUGGCUUCCUUCUUGGUUGUUCUAUUCGGCUAUUCAAAAUUGUUUGGGGAUUCCGAUGUUUUUGUGGGUUUUUCUUUGGUACUCGUCGUCCGCCUCUUUGCUUCCCCGGCGACUCGACUUUCGGGGAUUUGUUUCUGGUUUUCGGCGUCGGGAGGCAGGAGGGCGGUGUGUGAAGUUGCCGCUAUUGCCUUCUACUACGUUUAUAUGGUGUUGUAGUGCUAUUCACUGAGCUGGGUCGACGACUCGAUUGCUAAAACUCGUCAAUUAUGGGCCUACCUGAUACGACAUAGUAGUCUCAUAGACAUAACAUUCCAAAGGCCCAUCUAUUGUCGAGUUUUAUAGCGAAAGUCUAUAGCUUUCUCUCUGUUUGCUCUCCACUCUUAGACAGGCCUAAGUAGUAAGUAGUACCAUACUGUUCCUUCCAUGGAUGCAUCGGAAUCUCUUUUCCUUGGUUGUUUAUCAGGUGUUCAAUAUUAUUGUUCUGGUGUUUUAAAUACGUGCUAAUGUUUUUCUGGUUUUUUGGUGUUGCUUGAUUGAUUGGCCAGUGAAAGUGGCUUUGGAGAAAAGAUGGAAAUCCCUGAAGAGAAGUAUGAGCUGACACCCGUGGAGAAUAAUGUUAAGCCAGCAAGGCGAAGGAAGACAAAGUCCCGUGUCUGGAAUUACUUCACAGUCGAGAGCGUCAGCUCGGAGUGCAAAAGGGCGUUCUGCAACACCUGCAGGAGGAGCUUCGCUUACAGCACGGUACAAGAGAAUGGCAGCACGAAAGUAGCCGGUACUAGCCACCUCAAGCGCCAUCUUGAGAAGGGAACCUGUGGAGCCACAACAGGGCUCGAUAACAAUAACGAAGGCGAUGGUGAUCAGACUACUCCUUUUACUCCUUCAACCAGGACUCGUCGGACCAAAGCCAAUAGUGCGUCUGGUGCAAGUACAGGGGUCAGCGAGUCGAGAAAGCGCCGCUACAGAUCUCCUGCCUACACGGCGGUGUUCAAUCCUGAUAUCUGCCGCCAUGACAUUGCUCGAAUGAUCAUCAUGCACGAUUACCCUCUUGACAUGGUCGAGCAUCCUGGGUUUCAAAGUUUCGUCCAGAGUCUUCAGCCACAGUUUGGUGCAGUCAGCUUCAAGACCAUCCAUGGAGAAUGCGUCGCAUCUUACUUGAGUGAGAAGCAAAAGGUGACGAGGUUGAUUGAUGCGAUGCCAGGGCGAGUCUGCCUUUCUCUUGACAUGUACAUGUCGAGAAACAGCGUGGGUUACGUGUUCAUAACGGGCCACUUCACCGACAGCAAUUGGAAGACCCAAAAGUUGAUUCUCAAUGUUGUCCUCGAACCAUAUCCUGAUUCGCAUAAUGCCCUCAGCCAUGCCGUUGCUUGUUGUCUCUCCGACUGGAGGUUAGAAAGCAGGCUCUUUUCCCUCACAUUGAACCAUCCAGUGCCUGAAGCAGGGCUGGAGAAUCUCCGGUCUCAUCUAUGCGUCAAGAAUCCACUCAUACUCAACGGUCAGCUAUUGCUCGGGCAAUGCAUCUCACAGACUUUCACCGCCAUGGUCAAUGACAUGCUGUCUGCGGGACGUGACAUCAUUAAGAAGAUCCGUGACAACAUGAAGUACGUCACCACUUCGCAGAACCACGUGGACAUUUUCGUUGAUCUCAAGCGGCAGCUUCAGGUCCCCGGCGAGGUACGUUUGUUCCUUGACGACCAGAGUCAGUGGAACACGACUUAUCAAAUGCUAGUGUCUGCUUCAGAUCUAAAAGAAGUCUUCUCUUGCUUGGACAAUGUUAUUCCUGAAUACAAACUAGCUCCGAACAUGGAAGAUUGGAAGCAGGUUGAAAGCAUCUGCACGUACUUGAAGUCUCUCUCCGAUGCAAUGAACUUGCUCGUCUCUUCCCCUUGCCCUCCUGCAAUCACACUGUUCCAGGAGGCGUUUAGCAUCCACGCUAAGAUUGCUUGUGCAGCAACCAGUGGCGACCCGUUCGUCUGCAGCUUCAUCAAACCGAUGCAGGACAAGAUAGAGAAGUACUGGAAGGAAUGUGGGUUAGUUCUCGCGAUUUCUGUAGUCAUGGAUCCACGCUUCAAAAUGAAGCUCGUGGAAUUCAGCUUCUCCAAACUCUUCGGAGAGGAGUCUCCUCUCUACGUUAAGAUGGUGGAUGAUGGGCUCCACGAGCUCUUCGACGAAUACCUAACGCUUCCUCUACCACCAUCGCCAGCUUACAGUGUCGAUCAUGGGAAUGUUGAUCGAGCGGACGAGCAAAACCAGGGAGGCAAUCUUUCUGAAUACGGGCUGGCAGAUUUUGAUAUGUACAUCAUGGAGACGACAAGCCAUCAGUUGAAGUCGGAGAUGGACCAGUAUCUGGACGAGAACCUCGAGGGGCGGAGCUCCAAUUUCGACCUGCUGGAAUGGUGGAAACAGAAAAGGUCGAAGUACCCGACGCUGUCGAAGAUGGCGAGGGAUAUCUUGAGCAUACCUGUGUCAACUGCCUCGCCCGAAUUGGUGUACAGUACCAGGCCAAGGGAGCUGAGCCCGCAUGCAAGGUCAGAGACUUUGGAGGCGCUUGUGUGUACUAAGGAUUGGUUGCAGCAUGGGUUGCCGGAAGAUUUCGCAGGAUUAGACAGCUUGGUGGUGUCGGAUCUUUCGAAUCCUGCCUUGAAAAUGGAGUUCUAGGACUAGGAUACUUCUCUAUGGUUGUCGCAUCAAAUUUUCACAGACCUUGGUAUUGGGGUAGGGUGGUAUUUAUUUGCUUUCUUUUGGCAUUUUCUUCUAGGUAUUUUAGUAGGAAAUUCAUAGUCAUUAGCUCAUGAUCGGUUAGGCUAACUGUUUCUCAUUUCGAUUUACUAUUAUUGUACCAUUGGGAUGGAAUUGAAGAAGGAAGUUGAUGGAUUUGCUUGGACAUGGUACCUAAUUAUGGCUUCUGUUACGUGCUUGUGUACAUUAACAUAAUCUGUCAACAUAAAUUUCUCAAGGACCCAAAAGGAGCAAAAUCAACAAGUAUUUGAGAAUUGCUGUUCUGUAUUCUAGCUUGAGUUUCGUGUUUGCAACAUCAAGUGGAAGACUGGAUCAACAAGUAUUUGGGAAUUGCUGUUUUGUGACAUGGCUUGAGCAUGGGAUCCAAUGUUGCAGGCGAAUUUGGUCAUAAAAAUUCGACGAAAUC